ACAGAAAUGGAUGUGGAACACGGAUUCUAUCGGCAGGUGGAUGUUCAGGACCACGCUCACUACAUCGUUGCCUUCUUUGUCUUGGUGAUUGGAACAGUAGGGGUUACUGGGAACGCCUUGGUCAUGUAUGCCUUUUUCUGUAACAAGAAGCUACGGACUCCUCCCAACUUUUUCAUCAUGAAUCUGGCAGUCAGUGACUUCCUCAUGGCGAUUACACAGUCACCCAUCUUCUUUGUUAACUCUCUUUACAAGGGGUGGAUUUUUGGUGAAACAGGGUGUAAAGCGUAUGCUUUCUGUGGAGCUUUAUUUGGAAUCACCUCCAUGAUAAACCUUCUGGCCAUCUCUGUAGACCGCUACAUUGUCAUCACUAAACCUCUGCAAGCCUUACAAUGGACCUCAAAGAGACGCACUUGCCUCAUUAUUGCCCUGGUGUGGCUGUACUCGUUAGCCUGGAGUCUUGCGCCACUUUUGGGCUGGAGUUCAUAUAUACCAGAGGGACUGAUGACCUCAUGCACGUGGGACUACGUGACAUCUACUCCAGCCAAUAAAAGUUAUACUUUGAUGUUAUGCUGCUUUGUAUUCUUCAUCCCUCUGGGCAUUAUAUCAUACUGUUAUCUCUGUAUGUUCCUGGCAAUUCGACAAGCAAGCAGAAAUGUGGAGAAGUUGGGGUCUCAGGUGAGGAAGUCAACCCUGAUCCAGCAGCAGUCCAUCAAGACUGAAUGGAAGCUGGCCAAGAUUGCCUUUGUGGUCAUCAUAGUGUUUGUGCUUUCCUGGUCGCCCUAUGCAUGUGUCACCCUCAUCGCCUGGGCUGGAUAUGGAAACAUCCUCAAUCCCUACUCCAAAGCUGUCCCUGCUGUUAUAGCCAAGGCAUCAGCCAUCUAUAACCCUUUUAUCUAUGCCAUCAUUCACUCCAAAUACAGGGACACGCUUGCAGAAAAGGUUCCCUGUCUACACUUCCUAGACCAGACCCCCAGGAGGAACUGCUUAUCAGUGUCACACAGUGAAUCGUCCUUCAAGGACUCAAUGCUGAGCAGACAGUCAUCAGUCUCCAACACCAAGUUUCACAGAGUUUCCUCCAUGUCUACGUCAGACACACAGGUUUGGAGCGAUGUGGAGCUUGACCCCAUCGACCAGAGCCAUUGUUUGAGGUCAAGCUAUUCCCUUUCAGCUCUGAUGGACAAAGAGUACAAAUCAUUGGCUAAACCGACCAAGGAAAAGGGAAGCCAAAGCCAGGAACAGGUAAGGUAG